CCUGGUUGAUUCCUUCCAGAGUUUGGCUCGGUUCCUGCAUCAUGUUGGAUCUGUUAAUGAUUUGCUGUUUACAAUGUUAACUCAGCUAUGAAGCUGCUUUCUCUUCCUGUGGUUCCGACUCGUCUGUAACUGGCCAAAGCCGUAUGGAUCAGCAGUUUUCCAGGAUUCCUGAGGAUUUUUCCGAACUUCUCCUCGGACUUUAGCUGCGUUUAGGUGCUCUUGUCCUGUCAGCAAGAAGCAGCUUCGACCCGAGGCUUUUAAAACAACCUGCGUCCAAUCAGAGUGCAGACUGAUGGAGGGGGCGGGAUCUGAACCCUGACCAACUGGUUCUGGUGAAGAUUUUCGUUUCUGGAUCAAACAGAACAGGUUCAGAAUCACCUGGAGCCACCGAGCAGCAGAGAGUUUCACCAGAAUGAGUCCAGACGGUUUCUGAUCUGUUCGUUCUGACAGGAAGAAGAAAAUGAACUGGAUCCUCCUGCAUGUGUCCCUACUGGUCCCUGCGGUCCAGAUGUCGGUUCUGAACGGUUCUACGGUGGACUGGACCCACUCCAACCUCAGCCUGCCCACUGCCAACACAACACGGGGAGAAGAGCUGACGGAUCAGUACCCGCUCAACAGAACCACAACCGCCGCUCCGCAGACAGGAAACCUGACCCUGCGCGUGACCUCUGACCCAAGAACUUCCACCAGGCAGACCUCCACCAGGCAGACCUCCACCAGGCAGACCUCCACCAGGCAGACACCUCAGGUCAAAGGGCCGUUUCCAGCGUGGGCCAGAGUCCUGCUGGGUUCUCUGGCGGUUCUGGUUCUGGUCACUUCUGGAGGCGUUUUCUGUCAUUUUAGGCACAACUUCAUGAGAGGUUACAUUAAAAGCAUUGAGGUGGACUCCGGUCAGCCGUUUGUCCUGCUGCCCUGCAGGACCAACGUUCGCCUGCCAAGUGACGCCAGGGUGGAAUGGACAGAUCGCCAUGGCAACAAGGUCCAUGUCUACCAGAACCACUGCACCGUCCCAGAGAAGCAGAUCCAGUUCUACAGAACCAGGACGGAGAUGAGCGUGGACCUGCUGCAGACGGGAGACCUGAGCCUGACGCUGAAGCUCCCCACAGGCGCAGACACGGACACCUUCACCUGCUGCGUCUACAGCCGCAGGAAACGCAUCCUGAUGAAGAAACAGGUUCAGCUGGAGGUCAAAGUCCAUCAGGUGGAGGUGUGUUCAGGUGCAGACAAAGUCCUGCUACCCUGCCAAACCUCAGCCGAGCUGUUCAAGUCUUGUAAAGUUGAGUGGAAGGACAGUGAAAACCGGAUGGUGCACGUGUUUCAGGACGGUUCUGACCAUCUGGAGAACCARGACCGGUUCUACAGGAACCGAACGGAGACAAACAAAGACUGGACACAAACUGGAGACCUCUCUCUGACUCUGAAACWCCUCACCUAYGAAGACAGCAACAUCUACACCUGCAGYGUCUUCAGCCCGGAGGGAAUCAUCCUGUACAAGAAGCAAGUUCAGCUCAAGGUCGAAGACUGUCAGGUGGAGGUGGAGGAAGGGGCGGAGUCAGUCCGGCUGCCGUUCAAAGUGGCGCCUGAACUCCUUAAAGGCGCCAGAGUUGUGUGGUGGCGCUACRACCCGAGACCGGUGGUGACUGUUCAUGCUUAUAGAUACCUUACUGAUCAGCUGCAAGAGCAGGACCAUCGCUAUAGAACCAGAACCAAGAUGAAUGAAGACCUGCCGCAAACCGGAGACAUCAGCCUGACCCUGAUCCGACCCGGCGCCGACGCCACUGAGAGCUACAGGUGUGGCGUCUGGAGRGGAACAAAGCUGGUGGCGUGGACCACGGUUCUGCUCAAAUUCAAAGGAGGAGUCCAGGAUCAGGAUGAAGAUCCUGGAAUCAGGGACAGAAGCGACUCCAUCGAUAUGACUCCGCUCAUGUCUGCUGAGUCAAACAGCUCAUUAUUUGACACUCUGACGUGACCCACUGUAGAAAAUGKGAUGUCACUUCCUCUCUCAGAGUUUUUUGGUGGAUUUAACUCUUCAAUUUUCACUUUGAGAGCAGUUGACAAAACAAAAGCACUUUCUAAAAUCCAGCAGGAAUUGAACCAACAACCUUCUUGCUUGAGAUUGGUUGACAUCAUCACUCCACCAUGAGAUCUUUUACUCUUCAAAUGUUUCUCGUAGCAAAUUUAUCUGUUAAUAUACAACAUCUCUGAGCCCGCUUUCUGUCAUCUUUAUUUCCUUGUGUAACUCGGUAAAAUCAGCCUUUUAUUAGGCCGUUUCCUCUAAAUGCAUCACCGUUAUGUUUAGUUUUUAGUCAUCAGAAUCACAUGAUCCAUUCAGCUGGUUUCUACUUCCAAACUACUUCCUGUUUCUUCCUUUUUGGUUCUAUUUGCACUAUAAGGCUCACAAAACAAAUGUGACUAAGAUCUGAUCCACAAGUGAGCCUGGAGCCAUGAAGUUUGUCAUGAACUGAACUGUAAAUGGAAUUGGUGAGCUGUGAAUAAAAUGUUUGUUUGUAGCUUAUGCUAAUUGGUUAGCUGGCCAUGUUAACUUUUUUUAUCUUCUAUGUUGAGUUGAACUUGGUAAAUUAAAUGCAUGCUGUGUAAUAUUAAAAAGGUUAACUUGAGUAAAAUUGAAUUACUGAUGACUGUUUAAAAAUGUCUGGUUCUAGCAGGAUGAUAUUUUACUAGUCCUGUUUGUUUUAAUGAAGUGGAAACUGAUCUUUUAAUGGGGAAAUUUGUGACUGUUUUUUUUACAUCUUAAAAAGACCUUGUGCACAUUAAUCUUGAAAGCUAACUGYAGUAUUGUGUAUAUAUUUCUGUUUAGUUUUUUUUAUGGUGUUCACUUAUAUUUUUCCAAAUACAUGGUACUGAAAACAAUAA